AUGGGCUUAUGGGGCAUCAAGACGCUGACGGAUCCGCCCAGUAACUCGAGCGAGCUAUUGUCGAAUCUUGAUACAAAGCUUAUUGUAGCCCUACGCACGUGUCAUGAUUCUAUUCGUGCUUUGGUUCAAUGUGGUCAUUUCAUUUGCUUUUGCAGCACCGCAUCCCGUUUGCUGUUGCCAACUUGCGUGUGGCUGAAGAUCGUGUGGGUGGUAAUAUGGGCGAUGGCUUUGCCCGGUGUCGCCAACAAGAUUGCUAAAAACAAUCCGAGCUCUACGAAGUACCACAACGUCUUCGAAGAUAUGCGUACAAGCAGUCCGGGGGUUUCAUAUGUUGCGUACUUUUUUCCUGCUCCUGUCAUUCUACUGGGACGCUACAGGUUUUCAAGAACGGUGCUCACACUACCGUCGCGGGCGGUCGCGACGUGCAAUUUCAACGCAGAGUCAUCUGGUGCUACGGGUGCCUCACUGAAGCGUAGCAUGACUUCAUCAUUCGGAUCCAUUUGCUUUGGCUCGCUCAUUGUCGCCUUUUUGCAGGCGCUUCGCGCGAUGCGCUUGGCGGAAAAUGGGCCCCAGGAGGGGAGCGCCUUGGCAUGUGUUGCUGAGUGCAUUUUGGGCUGCCUGCAGUCUAUUAUGGAGUACUUUAACCGCUGGGCAUAUGUCUAUGUUGGAAUCUAUGGCUACAGGAUUCACACAGGCUGGCAAAGGCCGUAUUUGAGCUUUUUCAAGCAGCGUGGUUUUGAUGCUAUUAUCAGCGAUGAUCUUAUUGACAACGUGCUUGGCUUUGCAGCGCUUGAAUUGGUACGUGUCAUGACUCAUAUGCGCUGGCGUUGGCGCGCUGAUUGCGGAGACGACCGACACUUUCGCGUUCGAAACAGCACGGCGUUUCUAGCGAUCUUGGGUCUUGUGGUCGGCAUCGGUGUUGCUGUCACACCCCUCGCUGUAAUCCAUUUCAGUUCUGUUGCUACGAUCUUUGUCUGUUUUGCUGGCGGGGAUCCGGCUGCUUUCCAAUAUUCGCAUCCGGAAAUUGUACGCGCCGUUGGUGCAGGAGUGGCUUCUUUACCCAGAGAUUAUGGUACAAGCGGGAUAUUACGCGUGUAG